GGAUCACUUUCAUUCUCCAAAACACACUGCGCCUGACUUCAAAUCGUCUGCAUUCCGUUCGCGUUGUACGCACAGCCCGCCAACACGCGCUCCACCUGCCGCACUGUCGCUACCGCCCAGCAUGGCUGCCGGCCUGCCGUUCCGCGACAUCAACGUGCACUCGUCGCCCUCGCACUACGCCUUCUCGUCGCCGUCGUCCCCCUCUGCGCCGACAUUGGUGGUCGACCGCCCCAGCGGCGACCUCCGCUUGCACGAUGGAAAGCUUCUGGGCUCGAAGCGCGUGUCCAGCAUCGCUGGCAUUCUGGGAAUGAUUAAGCUGCGGCUAGACAAGUACAUAAUCGUGAUCACCAAGGCCCAGCCCGUGGGCAGGAUAAAGGGUCACAUGAUCUACAAGGUCAUCUCCACAGAGUUCCUGCCGUUGCGCGAGCGACCGCUGCACGAUCCUGAUGAGGACACGUACCUCAGCUUACUCAAGACGCUGCUCAAGAGCUCCCCGCUCUACUUCUCCUACUCGUUCGACAUCACCAACAGCUUCCAGCGACAGGCCCACACCGAUCCCUCGGUGCCAUUAUGGAAGCGCGCCGACGACCGCUUCUUCUGGAACCGCUUCGUGCAGAGCGAUCUGAUAGACUUCCGCGGCGGGCUGAACACUGGCUAUGGCCACAGACAUCCUAGCGGCCAGCAGCCCGAGGUGGACCCCUUCAUUCUGCCAGUCAUGUAUGGCAUGAUGGAGAUUAAGAACACCUCUAUCAAGGGGACUCCCUUGACCUUCAUCCUCAUCACCCGUCGGUCGCGGGUACGAGCGGGCACGCGUUACUUUUCCCGGGGCAUCGACGAGAACGGCAACGUGUCCAACUUCAACGAGACAGAACAGACCAUCAUCCUUAAUGACCACGCCUCCGGAGGACUAGGUGGCUACGGAUCCAAUCAGAACGGUGCUGCUGGCGGUAACGCGGGCAAGGAAAUCCAGGUCCUGGCCUAUGUUCAGACGCGCGGAAGCGUGCCCGUUUAUUGGGCGGAGAUUAAUACCUUGAAGUACACGCCAAAGCUUCAAGUGCGGGGAGUUGAGAGCGCUGUCCCCGCAGCCAAGAAGCAUUUCGCAGAACAGAUUCGUCUGUAUGGAGACAAUUGGCUGGUCAAUUUGGUCAACCAAAAGGGCCGUGAAAAGAACGUCAAGGAGGCAUACGAGCAGAUGGUCGACUACCUUGUGAACUCACCCGCAGAGAACACCGAAGGGGACCAAAUUACAUCCGAGAAGUUCCAUGUCAUAGAACCACAACAGGCUAAAACGACGUUUGAUCGCAUCCACUACGUCUACUUCGAUUUCCACAACGAGACUAAGGGCUUGCAAUGGCAUCGCGCUAAGCUACUCAUGGACCAGCUUGCACCGUACGUCAUCAAACACGGCUACUUCCGUGGCGUAGACAUGCCGGGCGACUCUGGACGGGUUGAGGUUCGAGGACAUCAGACGGCCGUUGUCCGCACGAACUGCAUGGACUGCCUGGAUCGCACAAACGUCGUCCAAAGCAUGAUCGGCCGCUUCAUCCUCUCUCGCAUGCUCAUCGACCUAGGCAUCAUCCGCGAAGGCGAGAACGCCGAAGACGACCAGGCCUUUGAGUUCCUCUUCCGCAACGUUUGGGCUGACAACGCCGACAUCGUCUCCAGGUCCUACUCCGGCACAGGCGCACUCAAGACCGACUUCACGCGCCUCGGCAUUCGCACCAAGCAGGGCGCCCUCCAGGAUCUCAAUAACUCCAUCACGCGCUACGUCCUGAACAAUUUUGCAGACGGGCCCCGUCAGGACGCCUUCGACCUCUUCCUCGGCACAUACCUACCGUCUGACUCGGGCAUCGGCGGUCAGCUCCUCUUCGCGGACCGCCGUCCGCUAUUCAUCCAGGCCAUCCCGUACAUGCUCGCCGCGAGCAUCUUCCUCAUCUUCGUAGGCAUGUUUACGCGCAGGGCGCCUGAAGCUGCGGUGUGGCCGCUGCGCUUCAUCAUCGUUCUUUGCGUGGCGAUGGCGGCUGUCUCGGGCAACUUCAUUUGGAGCAAUGGCACGCUUUAUGUCAACUGGCCGAAGCUGAACCGCCUCCCGUACGCCAUCGAGUCGGUGCAGGAUACGCUCUCGCGCGUGUCACACAAUCCUGUGGUCGGCGGUCUUGUGGGCACGAAGCACGAGCGGGGAAAGAGCGAUGCGCGACUGCUGGGGUUGGAGGAGGGAAAGAAGAGGAUAGAGUAGGUGGUUGGGUUGGCGGCGAGUGCGCGGGUCUCGGAAGGGCAUGUACGAGUAAGGAGCCGAUGAUUGAUUCUCUACCAACAUACAUGACACUGGAUACAGAUAGAAGUUUAAUUACAACACGUCGCAUUGGUC